AAUCAAAUCAUACCCCUCUGUGCUUCAAAAAAAAAUAAAAAAAUCAUACCCCUCUGGCCUAAUACCAACCCUAAUACGAAAUCCAGCGCCGUGGUGCCUGCCCUCCACGGCUCCACCCCUUCCGCAGAAAGAAAACAUAAACAUAAAAAGCCUAUAAACUCAUGCAACCAGACUCCAGAACUCAUCUUCGCCGAAUUCUCACAGCCGAUUAGAGGCGGCGGUUUCAUUCCACCUUUCGGCGAUACUGCUGCCCUUCACUAGAGGCCGCGUCCACGUUUCAUAUCCUGCUGUGCUUUAGGAAAUGAGAGAAUCUCAGUAUGGGAUACCGCCCAGACAAAUCCCUCCACACCCUGCUAUCCUAGAGGAUCAUCUUGCAGCUCAGCAUGAGGAGAUCCAAAGAUUACUGCUUGAUAAUCAGAGGUUUUCUGCAACUCAUGUAGCACUCAAGGAGGAACUUGAAGUCACACAAUUUGAUCUUCAGCGCACGGACCAAUAUGCCCGCGCCUUAUAUGAAGAGAAUGGCAUGCAGAUAAGAGAACUUCAUGAAAAGUCUGUAAAGAUGGAGAUGGAUCUCCAAUCUGUAGAAAUCAUGAGGGUUGAGCUUAUGCGAGUGCGUGCCGAUAUUAAAGAUUUAAAUGUUGCAAAACAGGAGCUCACAACUGAGAUCCAGGGGAUGACUCAAGAUCUGACAAGGAUGAAUGCGGAUUUGCAACAAACUCCAGCUAUUAAAGCUGAAAUUGAAAAUUUUAGACAGGAAUUGCAGCGAUCAAGGGCUGCCAUUGAGAAUGAGAAGAAAGGAUAUGCUGCAAACUAUGAACAUGGUCAGCUAAUUCAGAAUAAACUGCUCUCAAUGUCUAGAGAACUGGAAAAGCUCCGUGCAGAGAUGGCUAAUGCAGAAAAGAAAGCUCGUGCUGCAGCUGCAGCUGCAGUAGGGAAUCAAGUUGCUGCUUAUAACACAAACUAUGCUAAUCCAGAGUCAGCAGGCUAUGGUGGAAAUUAUUACUCUGGUGGUUAUGGCUUGAACCCCACAAAUUCUGUGCAUCCCGUUACUGUGCAGUCGCAGGCCGGAGCUGAAGGUUACUCUCAAUAUGGACCUGGGCAGACUCCCUGGGGUGCAUAUAAUAUGCAACAAGCUCAAGGUCACAGAUAAACUAGUUCAUUCUAGAUUGCAGCCAUGUUUACCAUUCUCCUACUCUUCUUACUUGAACUUUAUACUUGACACUAGAAACUUGUGAAGUUCAUUCUGGGGUACACUCUAUGUGGUUGAAAAAUGGCGUCGUGUCUGUUUAUGUUGGUUUCCCUGUAUAACACUCUGCACAAUCAGUUGUACCUAUAUUUAAUCAGUUUUAUAAAUUACUAGUAUCACACCCGUGCGUUGCACGGGUUAUAUUUACGUUAUAAAAUUAUAUUGAUGUCAUUAUUGAAAAAUAAAAAUAGACUACAUAA